AUGUCUGACGCACCGAGACCUAAAGCAACUGUCUACGUCGGUGGUCUUACCUCGGCCGUCGACACCCAUACUCUACACAACGCCUUCAUUCCCUUUGGUCCGAUCGUCAACAUUUCCUUGCCCAAACCAGAACUACCAUCGAAUCCGGAACCUCACCGCGGCUUUGGAUACGUUGAAUUUGAGAGUCCUCAGGAUGCUCAGGAAUCAAUCGACAACAUGGACCAAAGCGAACUCUUCGGCCGUGUCAUCAAGGUCAAUCUAGCCAAGGAACAAAAGGCUGAAGGAGAAGGCCUAGGAAGCAAGACUGCUAUCUGGGAGCAAGAAGGUUAUCUGGCAGCGCACGCUGUUAGCGACGAGGACCGUAUGGCUGCACGAGGAGAUGAAAGUGGCCACGACGGUCCCGCGGAUCCCAUGCAAGGUCUGGACGGUCUCGACGUUGCUGGCCCUCAGCAAGCUUAA